CCUGAUGUCAAUGCCCAGCUGUUGGCAAAUGACCCGCAUCUCCACCAUCCGGCUACUUCGCGUCUAUACACCAGACUCAGUGUUUGACAUCAUACCCGCUCAAAACACGCUGCUUUGCCAGGACAACGUUAAUGUAUGGAGUAGAAUAACUGAAACAGGCGUAAAUAGUCCAGUGGAUGAGAGGGAAUCCUUUCAAAUUGGAUUUUUGUGUCCUUAUUAAGGUCGUGCUGCACUACAGACACAAACGCUUUGCGUUGAGCCGCGCGUGCAUCUCAACCGCGGACGAGGACGGUGGCGUAUUUCCACUGACAGUAUUUCUAAAUAUCUGACGCUUGGGAUGGCCUUUACCAACUCUACCAUGCAGAUAUUAGCCAUGUGAAAGAUCUGGAGGAGCAUAAUGGGGAUGGCUGAGAGGUCGUGUGUGGCGGUGAGCAGCUGAGGUCGGCUGUGAUCUGGGUCUUCUCUUCUGACUGGGAGCAUGUACAGGAGGAAUGGACUUCCUGCCAGCGUCAGCAUCACCUCUCGCCACACACAGGACAGCAGUAGUUCUGAGUCCCUGGAUGGACGGAGCUUGGACUCUGCCAAGAGCUUUGACGCGGUGGUGUUUGACAUGCUCAAAGUGACCCCUGAGGAGUUUGCUAGUCAGAUCACUUUGAUGGAUGCUCCUGUAUUCAAAGCGAUACAGCCUGAGGAGCUGGCGAGCUGUGGUUGGAACAAGAAGGAGAAGCACAGCCUUUCUCCCAACGUUGUGGCCUUCACACGGAGAUUUAACCAGGUCAGUUUCUGGGCAGUGAGGGAGAUAUUGACGGCUCAAACACUGAAAAUUCGAGCAGAAAUAUUGGGCCACUUCAUCAAAAUUGCCAAGAAACUGCUUGAGUUGAAUAACCUGCACUCUCUGGUGUCGGUGGUCUCAGCUCUUCAGAGCGCACCCAUCUUCAGACUGAGCAAGUCCUGGGCGUUGAUCAGUCGAAAGGACAAGGCCACCUUUGAGAAGCUUGACUUUCUGACGUCAAAGGAAGAGAAUUACAACCGUAUGAGAGAGUACACCAGAUCCCUCAAAAUGGCUCCCUGCAUCCCCUACCUAGGAAUAUACCUGUUUGAUAUGACCUACAUUGACUCCGCCUACCCUGCUUCUGACAGCAUCAUCGAGACUGAGCAAAGAACCAAUCAGAUGAACAAUCUACUGCGCAUCAUCUCCGACCUACAGGUGUCCUGUAACUAUGAUCAUUUGGUCAUGUUACCACACGUGCAGAAGUAUUUGAUGUCUGUGCGCUACAUCGAGGAGCUUCAGAAGUUUGUGGAGGAUGACAAUUACACGCUAUCGUUGAAGAUUGAACCUGGGAACAGCUCACCUCGUCUGGUAUCCUCCAAAGAAGACCUUGGAGGUCCAUCAGAAGUGUAUAACCUUAGUCGGUAUAACCGACGACCAACCUGUCCUGAUACAUCAGUGGUUGCCCACCUCCCAACACCACCCCCUGCCCGACACAGAAAGAGCCACAGUCUGGGAAAUAAUAUGAUGUGCCAGUUUGGUGUAGUGGAGAGUAAAAGUGCGACAUUCCCUGCAAAAGAAAAGGCUCGACACCUACUGGACGACAGCUUCUUAGAGUCUCACAGUCCUGUCAGAAACCACACACAUGAUUCAGUAUUUACCAACGGCAUCUCACUGGGCAGUAGAGAGAGCUCUUUUAGUGAUGAAUUAUCAAGUACUGUUGAGAGAGGCCGUAUGUAUGCAACACUUGGUCCAAACUGGCGAGUCCCGAUCUGUAACUCUCCUAGAAGCAGAAGUUAUAUUUAUAGCACCCCAGGGUCCGUAUCCAGCUAUGAAUGCAGUUCUUUGAGCAGCAUAACCAUUGAAGGGCCCCUGCGGAGAAAGACACUUAUGAAGGAGGGUAAAAAGCCAACUCUCUCAUCCUGGAAGCGCUACUGGAUUGUCUUAUCCAGCUCCAUUCUCAUCUAUUUUGGUUCUAAAGCUCUAAGAGCAAAUGAGCGAAGACAUUAUAAAUCCAGGCCAUGUAAAAAGAUCACGCUGACAGGUUGGAUUGUGGCGCUGCCAGAAAACCCUGAACAUCCAAAUAUUUUCCAGCUCACUGAUCCUGAAAGAGGUAAUGUUUACAAGUUCCAGACUGGAUCACGUUUCUCUGCGAUCAUCUGGCACAGACAUCUAGCUGAGGCUUGCAGGAGUACAAGACCGCAGAUACCAGCAAACCUCAUGUCCUUUGAAUAGCUGCUUUUUG